CGGCGCGAGGCGACGGCGGCCAUGGCUCCGUGGCCGGUCCUGAUGGUGUGGGCCUCGCUGGGGCCGCUGUCCUCGGCCGCGCCCGCCCCCUCGCCCCCCAACGUCCUGCUGCUCCUCAUGGACGACAUGGGGUGGGGCGACCUGGGAGUGUUUGGGGAGCCUUCUAGAGAGACCCCUAAUUUGGAUCAAAUGGCAGCAGAAGGGGUUCUUCUUCCAAACUUCUACACUGCCAACCCUCUCUGCUCUCCAUCCAGGGCAGCUCUGCUGACAGGCCGCCUCCCUUUCCGCAAUGGAUUCUACACCACCAAUGGACAUGCCAGAAAUGCCUUCACGCCCCAGGAAAUUGUGGGGGGAAUCCCAGAUUCUGAGCUACUACUUCCAAAACUGCUGAAAGAAGCGGGAUAUGUCAGUAAGAUUGUUGGCAAGUGGCAUCUGGGUCAAAGACCCCAAUUCCAUCCCUUGAAGCAUGGAUUCGAUGAGUGGUUUGGCUCACCCAACUGUCAUUUUGGACCUUAUAACAACAAGGUCAGGCCCAACAUCCCUGUUUACAGGAACUUGGAGAUGGUUGGCAGAUUCUACGAAGAUUUUCCAAUUGAGCAGAGCACAGGGGAAUCCAAUCUAACUCAGAUCUACCUACAGGAAGCCCUCGAUUUCAUUGAGAGACAACACAGCAGUCAGCAUCCCUUCUUUCUGUAUUGGGCCAUUGAUGCUACCCACGCGCCCGUUUACGCCUCGAAACCUUUCUUGGGCACUAGCCAGAGAGGACGUUAUGGGGAUGCAGUGCGGGAAAUUGAUGACAGCGUUGGAAAAAUCCUGAAAUUCCUUCAGAAACUGGGUAUUAGUGAGAGCACAUUUGUGUUUUUCACAUCGGAUAAUGGAGCUGCUCUCGCUUCAGGAUCAAGGCAGGGAGGCAGUAACGGUCCCUUCCUGUGUGGGAAGCAAACCACCUUUGAAGGUGGCAUGAGGGAACCAGCCAUCGCCUGGUGGCCAGGACACAUAGCUGCCGGACAAGUGAGUCACCAGCUGGGUAACGUGAUGGAUCUCUUCACUACCAGCCUGUCCCUGGCGGGUCUAAAGCCUCCUAGCGACAGGGAGAUUGACGGCAUUGACCUUCUACCUGCCAUCCUGCAGGGCAAGUUGAUUGACAGACCAAUAUUCUACUACCGAGGCAAUGAAAUGAUGGCAGUAAGAGUUGGGCAGUAUAAAGCUCACUACUGGACGUGGAGCAACUCCUGGGAGGAAUUCAGCAAGGGUAUUGAUUUCUGUCCUGGACAGAACAUUUCAGGAGUGACAACCCAUUUCCAGGAAGAACAUACCAAAGUACCUCUGCUCUUCCACCUAGGCAGGGACCCAGGUGAAAAAUAUCCAAUCAGGGUGUCUAGCACCGAGUACCAGGAUGCUCUUCUUAAGAUCUUCCCCAUCGUUGAGCAGCACAAGGAGACCAUGAUCCCCGGAGAGCCACAGCUCAAUGUGUGUGACCAGGCCGUCAUGAACUGGGCGCCUCCAGGCUGUGAGAAAUUAGGGAAGUGCUUGACACCGCCAGAAUCCAAACCGGAGAAGUGCGUCUGGCUCCACUAGCCAGCAUUCCAGCGCACAGAAUCUGUGUCAGAAGGCGAAACAGCGAGUCGACCAAGCGCGUGCCCUUUCGGCGUGUGACUUUCCACAAGGAGAACAGGAAACACGAAAAGGCCAGUUGUUACGGUGUUGUUUCAGUGGGUUAUAGCAAUAAUCGUAUUAACUGGAGCCUCCCUGGUGAGAGAUUACAGUGUUUUGUGUUGUUCUGCAGGGUAUUAUUACCCAGGGUGACAAUCUUCUGAAAUAUUCGUGAGACAGGCAAGAUUUCAACCGAGCAGAAUCACCAUCCAGAGGAAUCAGUCGACCUUGGUACUUCCUGAGUUCUUACCGUGUGCAGAGCACUGUACUCCAUGGUUGGGAGAGUACUAAACAUUUGGAAGGCAGGAGCUCUGCCCCACCCACGGGCGGGGGCCAUGUCUAAUUCUCCCCUAUGUGUUCUUUCCCUGUGCUCAAUACAGAGCUCUGCAUUCAGGACGGGCUUAAUAGAUACCUUUACUAUUACUCCUAGUGCCCACAAGGAGCUUGCACCAAAUAGCUUCCUCUGCCAGAUGAUGAAAAACCCACCAGCCUUCCCCUAAGUGCCAUUCUUGAUGCCUAACCUCUGAAAUCAGGAGGCAGUAGAGGAAAGGGGUCAUUUUGCCUAUCCUGAAAGGCCAGUACAGGGGCAAAUACCGCCCUGCUGCAUCACCUGUAUGCCCAGUAGAUAUAAUACCAAGGGUGUUUUUUUCUUUUUUGUCAUUUACAUUGAAUUCAUAUUGUGUUUUUCCUUUUAAGAGCCCAAAGCCCCCUGAUGAAUGUUACCCCCACUACCUACUUAACAUCAUCUCCCCCGUUUAGGCUGUGAGCCCGUCAUUGGGCAGGGAUUGUCUCUAUCUAUUGCCAAAUUGUACAUUCCAAGCACUUAGUACAGUGCUCUGCACAUAGCGCUCAAUAAAUAAUAUUGAAUGAAUGAAUCAUCAUCAUUAGUGGUAUUUAUUGAGUGCUUACUCUAUGCAGAGUGCUGUAUUAAGCCCUAAAAAGAGGAAGAUAGCUAUCCUAAUUAUUUGAUGCCGUUUCUUGUGAGCUCAGAACUUGCACUGGGGUGUCUUGAGGGACUGUUUACUUGUUUCUAGACUGUAAGCCCAGUGUGGGCAGGAACUGUCGCUCUCUAUUGCUGAAUUGUACUUUCCAAGCACUUAGUACAGUGCUUUGCACACAGUAAGCGCUCAGUCAAUACAAUUGAAUGCAUUGUGUCUAUCAGGCUGCUUCCCCAUCUAUCCCACUCCUAUCUCCAAGCCGGUACUAAGACGGCAGCCACUCUUGGCCGUCACUGCUCUGUGACCUUAAGUGCCUUAACCUCUGUUCCUCAGUUUCCUCAUUCUCCCUCCCCCUUUGACUGGAAGCCCCUCAUGGGCCUCCCGGGGCCAGGGAUUGUGUCCAAGCUGAUAAUUUUGAACUUACCCCAAUGCUUAGUGUGUGCUUACCCCAAUGCUUACCCCAAUGUGUUUGGUACAGAAUAAGAGCUUAACUAUUAUGGGGGAGCAGGUGCAAGUUGGUACAAGGGGCCAUUCCAAUUGACCAAAAAUAAGCCUUGUACUUGCCCAAGUGCUUACAACAGUGUGCUGCACACAGUAGAUGUUCUUCUAUAAAUAUCACUGAUUGAUUGGC